AGCACUUACGCGAAGUUGCAUAUUGUUUGUUUCAGGACUGAUAAUAAUGGGCUCUUUUAUUCCUCUUCUGAUAGCUGUGGUAGCUUGCGCAACUUUCGUUCACUCGGCACCUCAAAACGUCAGUGCGACAUCGUGUACUUUUACCAAGUACAAAAAAGACGAGAUCAAAAAGGCUCAAAAAGAAUGUAGCGAACUAACACUCAACGGUAUCGAGGUUCCAGCUGGUGAGACUUUGGACUUAACUCAUCUUAAAAGCGGUGCAAAAGUUGUCUUCAAAGGCACAAUCACUUGGGCAUACAAAGAAUGGAAAGGUCCUCUAAUCAAAGUAGCAGGUAGCAAUAUCGAAAUCAUCGGUUCCUCAGGGCACGUUCUCGAUGGUAGGGGAAAAUUGUGGUGGGAUGGUAAAGGGGGAAACGGCGGCAAAAAGAAGCCAAAAUUCUUCGCUGCCAAGUUGAAGAACUCUAAAAUUCACAAGUUGAACAUAAAAAAUACGCCUGUUCACGCCUUCUCUAUAAGCGGGUGUGAAGGUUUGGAAAUUCAAGAUGUUACUAUCGAUAACAAAGCUGGAGACUCUGGUGGUGGUCACAACACCGAUGCAUUCGACGUUGGCAACUCAAAUGAUGUCACAAUCAAGCAUUGCACCAUCUACAAUCAAGACGACUGUUUGGCUAUUAACUCUGGAACCAAAAUCACCUUUACCGACAAUUACUGCUCAGGGGGUCAUGGCAUAUCUAUUGGUUCUGUUGGUGGUAGAGACAACAAUGUUGUCAAAAACGUUAAGGUCAGUGAUUGCGAAAUCACCAAAUCUGAUAACGGAGUUAGAAUCAAGACUGUCUAUGGAGCCAAAGGAUCCGUAUCGGACAUCACCUACCAAAACAUCAAAUUGUCCAAGAUUCACAAAUACGGUAUUGUUAUCGAGGGUGACUACGAAAAUGGCAGCCCAACUGGUAAACCAACUGGAGGCGUUCCAAUCACAGGUUUGACUGUGAAGAAUGUAAAGGGUUCUGUAGACUCGGGCGGUGUAAAUGUGUAUGUCUUGGUGGAAAAUGCUAAAGACUGGCACUUCUCUGGCAUUAGUGUCUCUGGAGGAAAGAAGAAAAAGACAUGUAAGGGCAUUCCGUCCAGUGCAGGAAUUUCUUGUUAGGUUUUAACGCCUUUAUAUUUUUUAAUGGACAAAAUAAAUCGAUUUCAUGCC